AAAUAAAAAUCAUUCAGUUGGCGAUCAUACUUUGAGGAGAAUAUAUGCAACGCGCACCAGCCUCGUUGAGUUUUCAAAGUUCGUGCGAAAUUGUGCUCUUGAAAUUUUAAAAUAGAUAUUGAAUAAUAUAUCAACUUUUCCAUAAAAUGGACAUAUACCAGGUGACGGGUUUGAAGAAACCAGAACUUGUUGAACACAUCGAAAAAUACGGUGAUUUGGAUGAACCUACCAAAGAGCUGAUACAGGCAGCGGUUGCAGUCCAGAAGCACGCCUACGUACAAUACAGUAACUUCUAUGUUGGUGCUGCUUUCCGCACGAAAGACAAUCGCAUCUUUGCAGGUUGUAAUAUUGAAAACGCCAGUUUUACGCCCACAUCGUGUGCUGAACGCACCGCCAUCAGCAAAGCCGUUUCGGAGGGAUACCUUGAGUUUGUUGCCGGUGCAGUGGUCGCUUAUCAAGAGGACGCUUUCACAACGCCGUGUGGCGUGUGUCGACAAUUUAUUAUGGAAUUUGCGCCUAACGAUAUACCACUAUUCAUUACAAAAUCGCAAGUCAAUAUUGCGAAGUCUGACGAAGAUUUGGUGCUGUCGACAUCCAUCUAUAAUCUGCUGCCUCAUGGUUUUCGCACGUAUAAAAAGAAUUGAUUAAUUACAUAAUCGGAAGACAAAUAUUUUAAUCAAUAGUUACUCUUUAAUCAUAUCAAACUAUGGACCUCACUUAUACCGUUAUUGCUGGCAAUAAUAAUGGUUUAAUGUAUACAUAUGUAUGUAUGUAUGUAUAUUUAAUUAGAAAUUGGCAAUAGCAAAUAGUUUAGAUGAAGUGUAAUUCUGUACUAAUUAGAAAUACACAUAAGUAUUUAAUUUUAUUUACAGUUGUGUGCAUAUUAUAUGCACAUAUAUAUAUGUAUAUCAAUUUUGACUUUUUUGUAUAUUUUAUAGAUUUAGUAGCAAUAUUGGGAGCUAUCAAGAAGGAGGGUUAAAGAGCAAAAUAAUUUCAUUCUGAAAAAUUAUGUCUUUCAUCCGCUUGAAUGCAAUUCGUUUUAUCUCUGAUAAAAGGCGAUAAGCCUUGCAAAUUUAAUAACUUGAAAACCUUGAACCCCAACCGGUUUUAGUGGUUUUCAGUUUCGUAAUCUUUAUCAAAACUUCGAAAAUUAGAUUGGUGCCAAUUUAAACACCUUUUUGCACAGUGAUGCAUUAUGCUCUCCUUCAGGUGUAUUAUAUUGAGUAUACUCCCAAUAUUUCGCUUAAUAAAUACCAGCAUAAAAGUGUGGUAAAAACUAUUAAACGAAAAUACUUUUUCCACUACCCAAUAACAUAACAAAAAAAAUAUCAGAUAUCAUUAUUUUUCUCACAUUACUAUGAAAAAUGGUACUGAAAUUCUAUUAGCCAGUUGAGCUACUAAUUUCAUUCUUCUUUCAUUCAUAGGUUCAUGUUAUCGCGGAUUACCUGUAAAUUAUAAACAAUGUUAUCAUUCAGUCAUUAAUUAAUAUACUUCAAUGUGAAAUAACUUGUAUAUCACAGCUAUUGUGUUUUUUAUGAUUAACAUACAAACGUGCCGCACGGAUCUUAAUAACAUAUUUUUACUAGCUUAAAUUUGUAAAAAUAAAAUAUCAAUU